CCUCCCUCCCUUCGGCUCUCUCUCUCUCUCUCUCUCUCUCUCUCUCUCUCUCUAAAUAUGGCUGCAGUGCUCGAACUGCUGCCCCCGCCGCCCCUCUCUGCUGCGGGUCAUCGGCUUACCAUGGCGUCUCCUUCCCCGGGGGUCGCCUCGCCGUCGCACUGGCUCACCGCAUUCCGAAAUUCACGAGGUUCUUGCCGUCGUCGUCGCCCCUCAUUUUCUUGCAAAGCCCAAACUGUAAGUGUUCUAGGGAUCAGAUUUAUGUCCUGUAAAUUACCAUUCUUGGUGUAUUUGCCUACGUCUCCAUGGUCUACGGCAUUCUCCCACAUGCGAUGGCUUCUCACAGAAUAUUUUCUAUUAUAUGAUCAGACUAAAGAUUUUGCAAUUUCAAGGAGGAAUGCAGCGACAUUGAUCUUUUCAAGUUAUAUCUUGUCACGGGUAGAUCUGCACGACACUGCAAUUGCACAACAAUUGGUUGAAUUGAGGGAGUAUAUAGAUACUUUUGAUGGCUAUUCAUUCAAGUACCCUAGAAAUUGGAUUGAAGUCCGAGGAGCUGGUGCUGAUGUUUUCUUCAGGGACCCAUUUGUUCUCGAUGAGAAUAUUUCGGUGGAAUUCUCUUCGCCUUCAUCUUCUAGCUACAAGAGUGUAGAAGAUUUGGGUUCACCAGAAGAUGCUGCAAAGAAAGUGCUUAAGCAGUAUUUGACAGAGUUCAUGUCAACUAGGCUUGGAGUCAGGCGCGAGUCGAGUAUUCUUUCCACAUCUUCAAGAGUAGCUGAUGAUGGGAAGAUGUAUUAUCAAGUUGAGGUGAAUAUAAAGUCAUACGCAAACAACAACGAGUUAGCUGUCAUGCCAAAGGACCGAGUAGCUCGUUUGGAGUGGGAUAGGCGUUACCUUUCAGUUCUUGGAGUUGAAAACAAGCAGUUGUAUGAAUUGAGGUUACAAACACCUGAAAAUGUAUUUGAAGAGGAGGAAACUGAUCUCAGGCGAGUUAUGGAUUCCUUCAGAGUGAACAAGAUAGCUGGUUGAUCCAUUACAUCGCAGAACGAUUUUUUCAGGCAUUUUAUGAUCCAAAGAUUUUGUUCGUCGCUCCUUUUCUGUUUUCCAACUUUUAAUGCUUUAUUGGCAACCAAUAACUUGGAGUUACGUACAUUUCUUGGUUCGUAGUAUUAACUUUCGUUCUCACA